AUGCCGCAACAGGUUUGGAAAAGGAAGAUCUCCACCAAAGAACCUGUCAACUUUGGAGGCAACGACUCCCCACUCCGACUGCAGCUUCGCGGCUGCAUGCUUUGGGAGAAGUCUCCCACAGCCCAGUCCACGCUCUACGUGUCCUUUGCCGGCGGAAAGCCACUGGCCUUGGCGAGAGCUUCCCAAGCUAGCCCGUACUGCCAGGUGCGGUUCCAGGCGGACUCUGUAGACGGCGAGGUCUCCUUCACCUGUGACGGUGGGGACUUGCUGGUGAUCGGCGUCGUGGUCCCCGACAACGGAGACAUCUUCGAGCCACCAGCGAAGAGAUCUAGGGUGCAGACACCGGAUGGAGGUAGCCAAGCUGCAGCACCUGCACCAUCUCCAAAGAAGGAGGCGGCGAAAGCGCCGGCCUCUGGCGCGGAGAAGCAGCCGGCGGAGAAGGCCAAGCCAGCAGAGGCCAAGGCGGCGCCCAAACCUGCGCCAGAGACGAAGGCCAAGGCCGCGCCGCAGCCCGCGUCGAAAGACAAGGCGAGCACAGAUAAGGCCAAAGAGAUCUUGCCUUAUGCUGCCAAACAGCCAAAUUCCAAAGCAUCGAAGGAGAAGCCGGGUACACCGGUGACACACCGGAUGCUAGCAUCAGGUCUCAGGUAUGAGGUCCUGAAGUCCGGUUCUGGUCCUCAGGCAAUGCCCGGAAAGGAAGUGAAAGUGCGAUACGAGGGACGUCUCGGAAGCACAGGUGGCAGGUUCGACAAAGGCGUCAUCAAGUUUCGCCUUGGUAUGGGCGAAGUGAUACAGGGCUGGGACCAAGGGGUGAAGGCCGGUCUUGAAGUGAAGUGCUCUGUCUUUGAUUUGGGAGUUUCCGAAAAUAGGGGACCCAAAUAUAGUACCCUAAAUAGUAGGAUCCUUAUUAUAACGACCCCAAAAAAGGACCCUAAUUAUAGGAAACCCCCAUUUUUCUUUAACUUUCAACCCUCUGCCCUGUCUUUUGUCAGGGCAUGCUCCGAGGCGAAAAGCGGAGGCUCUUGGUGCCCCCGCCCGCCUUUUGCAGUAUUUUGGACUUGA